AUGUAUGCGCAUGGAUAGUAGAACCACUCUAACAAUCAUCCUUAGACUCAUCUUGUUUAAACAUAACCCACAGGUGGACAAUCUCUAAUUACACAAGUUAACAAAAAUCAACAGCCAGCCCAGGACCUUUCUAAUGAAUAAAAAGCAGCAUUAUAGGGUUAUCAGAAAUUCGGUAAAGAACCUUUACCCCCACAUCUUGCUGCUUGCGGUGCAUAGAAAGCUUGGGCAAUAGGCAAAAAGACAUUAGUGUUAGAUUUGGAUGAGACGCUUGUGCAUUCAAGUUUCAAAGCACCUUAAAAGCCAGAUAUUAUUUUGCCUGUUGAGAUUGAAGGGAAUAUCUGUAAUGUUUUCGUGCUUAUUAGACCUGGGACAGAGUUUUUCCUUCAAAGAUUAUCUAAAGUGUAUGAAAUAGUGAUUUACACAGCUAGUUUGAGUAAAUAUGCGGAUCCUUUGAUAGAUAUCUUAGACAGCAAACCCCAAAAAAUUAUAGAUUACAGGUUAUUCAGAGAGCAUUGCACUUUUUUCUAAGGUGUUUUCAUCAAAGAUAUGUCGCUACCUGGAAGGCCUCUGACUGAUUCAAUCAUUAUUGACAACAGCCCAACAAGUUAUGCUUUUCACUAGGAAAAUGCAAUUCCAAUAUUAUCGUGGUAUGAUGAUCCAAAGGAUAGAUGUUUAUUUGAGCUUAUUCCGUUAUUGGAAUCGCUUGCUGAGGUUGAUGAUGUGAGAAAAUAUAUCCCUAAGUUUGUAACUACUGAUCAUAAAGUUGAUUUUCAAAGAGCUAGCUAUGUGCUUUCUAAUGCCACGCCCAAGGAUAUGAAUAAAAAUAGAGAAGUCAAAUUGGGCCAGUAAGAAAUUUCAGACUUCGAGAACGCAUAAGAAGACGAAUCAGUUGUUGAGGAAAUCCGAUCUAACAACAGAAAAUUACAGAGCAGAUCAAAAGUGCCAAAGACACCUAUCAAGCAAUCAAACCACAACCUUAUGCUUGACUCAUCAGGAAAAAAAUAACUUUAGAAUUCUAACACCAAUCCACACAUUGACUAAGAAGAAAUGGGUAAUGUAGGUUAAUUAGUGCGAGAGGAUAGCGGUAGUGUGAUCAAUAAUGACGAUGAAAGAGAUGUCAGUCAGAACAGAAAAGAAAGUGGAAAACUGCCAGCACCCUAGGUGCUUACCAAUCAGUGGACAUCAGAGGAAAACGAAAGAAAGAACAAUACUGCUAGCACUAGCAAUCCAAACACGAGUCAGACUCAGAACCGUACUCGAAAGCAUAGAAGAGACUCUUCAACUCCAGUGAUUAAGUCAUCCACAACUAAUGAAAAUAAUCAAUUGACUGAAGGAACUGAUGUUCCUAAUUAGUCAUUCAAGGAGCUUCAACCUAAUCAGCAGCAGCAGUCGUUUCAUUAGUAUAAUAACUCUUAAUCUUAAAGACCAAUUACUAGAGACAAUAAAAGGUUAGCAUCGAUGAAUGAAGAGGGCACUGCAGGCAAUAACCUCAACUCUCAGAAUAUUAAAAAUGUGCUCAAUCAAUCUUACAGCUCUAAAUCUAGAAAAAUCAAUAAUUAGUAUUUCUCAAGAUAGUCUUAGCUUCACUAACUGCUCUAAACUGAUUAGCAGCAGUUCAAAAAAUCUUACAAUUAGCCCCCUAUGUAUAAUUCAGCAAUGACGGAUGCUUCACUGAAGAUCGUAAAUCCAUCAAAAACUCCUAAUCAAAAGCAGGGUUCUUCAUAACUUUAAAGGGAAAAUCUUAGUCUGUCUAUAUAAAGAUAGCAAGCUAAUUAGAUAAUUAAUGUUUAGGGCAUGUUUAGUACACCAAAGGCUAAUGUUUAACAGAACAAUUCAAUGUUUAGACUUGCACCGGCUAAUGGCGCUACUACCAAUAAUACUUCAAAUAACAAUAGUGAAGUGACUACUUUUCGAGGUCAAAGAGAUGUGAGCAACAAAAGCUUAAAUAGGUUUAACCUAUAGAUAUAGUUUUAAGAUCAGAAGUCAUUCAUGAAUAAACAAAGAAGACUAAAACGAAACAAUGAAAUACUUAACAAUACGCAGCCAAUGUUGCAAAUCAGCUAAAGUGACAUUGAAAUCAAUGAAAUUUCUCCAAAACAUAUGAAAACACCCUCUAGAGUACAGUAAAACAGGCAAGGAGGAGGUUCAUUGAUUAAUAAAAGGAGACAAAAUUCCUAAUAAAAGUAAAUAGUUAGUGGUAAUACAAAUAACAGCUUCUAAAGACUAGCUGUUGCUGGUAAUAUAAACCUGAAUGACAGCAACUUCAUACAUAAUAGCAAUAUAAUAAUCAAUAAUAUUUCAACUCCACUAGCUGCUACAACUAAUUCAUUCAAUAGACCAUCCUCAGCAAAAAGAGGCAAUCAAGGACUGGCUAAUUACACACCUAAAGGUGCCCAGUAACAACAGCUACUGUCCUCAGCUAAUAUAGUGAAGUAUGGCAACAUCACAAGCAUCAAUGACCUGACUUAAUUAAGUCCUUACUCGCCCAUGAACAAGAACUAUGGAGCCAUGAUUAGUGGAGUUAGUGGUGGGCAGAUGUUUGUGGGGUAAGACUUCGGGCAGAAGAGAUUUUUGAGAAACAUCAAUAGAAAAAGUGGAGCAUUCACUUCUAACAGAUCGAAAGGUAAUGAGCUGUGA